GGAAGAGUCUGGGCGGCGGAAUUGCACCCCCAGACAACAACCUUUUUUUCUCCGCCUUAACAAUCAGUCAGUACCUUGUUCCUGGCCGCAUAUAUCACUGUAUACGGCCACCGCGAUUAUCGACAUGUCCUCGACAUUCCUCCUACGCCGACUCCCGGCAUCUAUACCAUCCGCAUCGCCCCCUCGAAUUGUCGCAUCAUGCAACACCAGUCUCCUCAACCGUCUCCAGCCCUCACCUCAUAAUGCCUCUGCACUGACACACACCCGACCAUUCUCGCAAACAACUCCCACCUAUUCCUCUCCUUUCCGCCUAUCCUCGAACAACAAUACCACCGCCCAAAAUGACCACCCUCCAUCUCCCGAAGAGUACCCCAACGGCGAACCCAUGCCCUACUACAGUCCUUACAAGCCCAAGCGCCAAUGGCCCCCAGACAUGUCCAAGUUGUCGCCGAAACACCAGUUCCGACUCGAGCGCAAAUAUCGUCGGCGUGCGGCACUUAAGUUUGCGCGACCGAAGUGGGUGAAGGCGACGAAGUUGGUUCAGUGGGGUGUAAUCGGAUUCGUUAUUGUGUAUGCCGCGCUGUUUAUGGAGUGGGAUGAGAGGGGGAGCCCGUUUGAUGAGCUUCGAAGGGUUUUCUUUGCCGGUGUCAAGGGGGCAUUUUCUACCCCUCCACCUCCAGGACCGGUCAAGAGGUCGGAUGAUAGCUGAUAUACACCAGGAAUGGCUUGGGUAUCUCCGUGGACUUGCCUUCUUUCUAUUGUGACAUACUGUAUAUUACUCCACCAUUCUUAGAAACUGCCAGAUAGACCAAUUCAGGGCAAGUAAUCGGAUACCGUGGAAGAUCUACUAAACGAUAGCAAUUCA